CUCUUUCACUCCACACAACAUACGCACUCACUCUAUCUAUCUUCUCUGCAAACAGAAACAGCAAACCCCACAUUUUUUACAGAACCCAACUCUCAUCGCUUCAAUUAUCGUUCACCAUUUGCACAGUCCCUCGCAGUCUUUCAAACCCACCAUAAAAAAUUUCAUGGGAAAAAGACGGAGGUGAAAUUUUUACAGUAUGGACUUGGAUAGACCGCAUCACAGAACUCCAAGCACAAGUACUACUACUACUAGUACCCCUACUGGUGAGCUCUUUGUUUGUUUCACUUCUCGUCUUUCUUCUUCCUCUUCCAUGAAGCUUUCCAAAUCUAUACUCAGUCCGGGUCGGGCUCGAGACCCUUCUGUUUCUCUCUCAACUUCCCUUAGCCGGAGGCUGCGCUCCAAUGGCAGCAUCAAGGCGGGUCAGGCUUCCCCCAUGUUCCCCAGUUCCGCCAAGAAGCGCGGGUCGGGUUUCGAGAAUCCGGAGCCGUCUUCCCCUAAGGUUACUUGCAUUGGGCAAGUCCGGGUGAAGAGUAAGAAGAAGGUGAAGCACAGCAGAAGCUUGUCGAAGAGAAGAAGUGGGGAUUUGAGUUUCAGGAAAUUAGAACAGGCCCAGGAAGGGAUGAAUCUGGGCGAGGAAAGGGAUAGGCUGUGUCUCCAAAACCAGAGGAGUUCGAGCGUCCAUUAUCAGCAACAAGAAGGCGUGCCCCAUAGGAACCAGAGGUGGGUUCAUUUGCCUUUGACCAUUUGCGAAGCUCUUAGGGCCGAGUUUAGCUGCUUGUUUCCCUGCCGGUCUUCGUGUUUUUCGACCAACGAGAGGGAAAAAGAGGAGAAAGGGAAUGGAUCUAAGGAAAACAGUGAUCGCAAUGGGCAGCAGCAGCAGGAACAGAGAUCUUGUGGCGCUGUGUUCGCCAGAUGGCUGGUGGCGUUGCAGGACGGGGAAGGAGGAAAAGGGAGGGAGAUUGAGCUGGUGGUGGCAGGCGGAGACGAUGAGGAGAGAAUAACUGCAGGCAGACCCAGUACUACAAUGAGGAGUUCAAGAUCAAGAAGGCAUGUGUUCGAAGAUAUUGACUUCAAAGACGAAAGCUUUGUAGCACAGAAAGGUGAUGGUGAAGAAGCAAAAGAAGAGGAAGAGAAGGCAAGAGUGAGUAUUUGCAUUCCACCCAAGAACGCUUUGCUUUUGAUGAGGUGUCGAUCUGAUCCUAUGAAAAUGGCCGCUCUCACUAAUCGGUUUUGGGAAACACCUGCUGCCACAAAAGACGAGGAAAGUGAUGGCGACGGAGAUGAAGCCGCAGAGGAACAGGAAAUAGAAAUAGAAAACGGUGAAUCCAAAUCUGAAGUAAUGGAGAAAGAUUGUGACGAAGAAGUGGAUGAACAGAAUGUCGUUUCUUCAGUUAACCUUGAAGAGAAAGAAGAGGACCCAGGAGAAGAAACAGCCAUGGAAAUGGAAGUUGUGAGUAGUGAGGAAGAGGAAGCUGAAUUAAAGCCAGAAGAAGAAGAGGUGAAGGAGUCAGAGCUAGAGAAUCAACAAGAAGAUUCAGAUUUGGUAUCAGCUGAUUCUCAGAUAGAUCAACAAAAUACAGAAAAUUUGGAACCAGAUAACCCGGUUUCAGAGCAAGGUUCAGGAGAGGAAGAAGGAAGUAUAACACCCCUCUCAACAUCCUCAUCAAUUAACUCCCCCGAACGAGCAAGUUGUGAAACAGAGGAAACGAUAGCAUCACUACCUUUAGAAGCUUCAGUUCAAGAAGAAGAUGCAGAAAUUGGAGAUGAUGAAGACACUGAAGAAACCACCGGACAUGAAUCCGAAGAGGAAGAAGAGGAGGAGGAAGAAGAAGAAGAAGAUGAUGAAGAAGAAGAAUCGGAUACAGAGAUUGAGAACACAACAUUGAAGGAAGAACUGGAGAAAGAAGAGGAAACUGAGGAUGAAAGUGUGAAAAAAGUGUCGAAGAAAGAAGUAUUGCCAGAGUGUUUGCUGUUAAUGAUGUGUGAACCCAAGCUAUCCAUGGAGGUAUCAAAGGAAACAUGGGUGUGCAGUACGGAUUUCAUCAGAUGGCAACCGGAGAAGCAACAAGUCAAAGUAAGCAAGACCGACGCCUCUGAUGACUCCAACAAAAGACUCUCUACGGAUACCAAAAAACCAUCAGGUACUACUACUAAUCCUACGCGUCCUGCGCCGCCGCCGGACAACAAGAACCACCACCUACUCCAGCCGCCGCGGUCGUCGUGCUCUCUGCCGCCUCGGUCGUCCUGCUCGCUGCCGCCUCGGUCGUCCUGCUCGCUACCGGCGGCUGCAGUUUCCGGCGUGUCGAUGGCGAGUAUGAUAGAGCAGAAGCUGGUGAACGCGGUGGGAUACGAGCCGUUUGUGCUAACCAGGUGUAAGUCGGAGCCGAUGAGAACGGCGGGUAAGCUAGCCGCGGCGGAGCCUUGUUUCUGGAAAAACAGGAAGCUGGAGCCGCAUCGUCGCGCCACAUUCGGGUUCGGCGCCGCUGGUGUCGGGUUCUGACCCAUCUGAGCUGUCAAAACUCAAAAUGAAGAGCACCUUUACGGUGUGGUUUGUCGUAUCGGUAACUGUAGUCUUCUCUCGCAAUUAGCCGUUUGUAAAUUGUCUUUUAAUUAUUUUUUCAACGAAUUCUGAGCAUUAAUAGUAAUUUUCUGCUUUUGACCAUUUCU